GAUAAGGAAGUAAUACAGAGAAGAGAAGCAAAUGACAAGCAGCCAACGACAAGUCUCCUCGUCACCUUCGUCCAUCCACUCAUACUCUUCCCGCUUCCCGCCGGCGCUGGACGACCCGAUCGAAGUUCCUAAAAGUCGCGAGUUCGAGACACGCCACAAAACGAAAUUCGCAUUGCCCCCGCCGUCACUCAAAUUGACCCUCUUCACCCCUGCGCCGUUGGAUGUUUCUCAAUCAGAUGGCAAAUUACAACUCUUUAAACCUGCUUUGAAUUGUGCAUCCAUUAUUUGGUAUUUAGGUAGGCAAUCAGGUGGGAAUUGUCCAUUAACAGAUAAAAAAGGGGGAAAAACCCAUUGCAGACAUCACGGCAUCCAAGUGCAGUUUCAAUUGCUUCGGCUCCCCCAUGGAGACCAAGAAAAAACAGAAAAAGGGGUACGAGUCUUCUGAAUCUUUCUGGCCGCACUUCAAACGUCGCAUAAAGAAACAUGACGGCAAAUCAAAGGCUUAUGCCGACUACGCCGUCGAGAUUUCUGGGAAACCCAAGGCUCUGGUCAGGAUUCUCUCGGUUUCUGAAAGGGGAGACGUCGUUCCCCUUACAAUUGUGUCCCCGAUCGAGGCAGAGGUUGUUUCCGUCAAGUCACAAGAAUCCCGGAACAAAGAAGAACCAGUCACAGCGCCGUCUCGCCGGUCGUGGGUUCGAGUCGUCGUGAGGGCGUUUAGGUUCUCCACGAGUCGAAAUGGAAAGGUCCGACAAGUUCCGUCGAACGAAACGAGCUUGAACGUUCCGCCCAGAAUUCGAACGACCCGCAAGGCGCAACGGAACAUUUCCAUGGAUUUGACCGCGGAACCGGUCGGACAGCAAAUUUCUGAAGUUGUUCAGAACAAUCCUGUCGAGCAAAUUUCUCAGAACAAUCCUAUCGAGCAAAUUUCUCAGAACAACCCUGCCGAGCAACAUGUCCCUGAAGCGACUCGGCGAAAUCCCGAAGCAGAUCGAAAGAAAAAGGGCGGAGCUAAUCCUCACAGCAAGUUAAAAGCCCACGCAAGCGCACCCUGCAGUCCGAUGAAAUCUCACAAGCUGACUGCUUCAAUUGCGUCCACUUCAUACACCCAUCUUCCUCCCGCGCACAUUUCGACAAUCAACAUCCACAAUUCCACCACAACAUCUAAAUCAAGCAGUAAAACAGUCAUGGAUUCGGAAGUUCUGCGCACAGUCGAAGAAGAAGGAUAUGAUGUGGCCAUUGGGUUUUCUCCUUUGAUUAUUGUGAUGCUCUGCCUGGUUUUCUCCGACAAGUGUGUGGCCGUUCUGUGUACUUGUAUUUGGUGGUACGUAGUGGCCGUGCUUAGAAACAUGUCGAGAUUCAAAGAAGAAGCAUCAAGUUCAAAGCGUUCCAGACAGAUUGCCAAGAGUUUCAGCCAUAACAACAUUGAUCUACAGUCCAGCGAGUAUCGGAAAAGGGUAAUAAUGGAGGGGCUACUGCAGAGAAACAAUAAUAUGAAAAGAUAGAUGGAUUUGAUCUCUGUCUUUUCACUUUUGAACAAAUUGGGUAGUCAAAAUUUUCUGUCAUACCCCUGUUCGUGUAUAGAUUACAUACAGUAGAAGAUCGUCUUCUACAGUAAAAAGGCCUUCUGCUGGAAAUUUUGUGUGUUACGAACGCCAGUCGCCUGAACAGUCGGAGGAAAAAAGACAAAUUGUGAAUUUUCUUUUCCUCCGUUUUGAGUGUUUCAGAAAGGGACGUUUGUCCAGGAUAUUUUUGCCCUGGGGCAUUUUUUGUUUUGUGUACGGAUCAAGAUUGUUCUUUUAAAGUUUUUCUGUAAUGUGAAAUGCGGGUGAGCUUGAAUCUCGACAUUAAUGGCUGCCUGCCAACCAGCUAAAAUUAAUAAGAGGUGUCAUGUGAUUUCCAUGGGUUAUUCAGGGAAAAAGUCGGCCAUACCAUUAUUAUUUUGGGAUGAGGAUGACAUUUUUGUCUAUCGACCUCUACCUAAACCCCUUUCUUUCUAUCCCUAGUCGACAAAUAUGAAAAAAAAACACUUU